UGGUUGGAUAUCCUUCUCUUCACUCUCUUUCUCUUUUUCUUUCCCUCAGAUAUAAAAUCAUUCAUUUUCGUUCAUUUUAUUAUAUCGUAUCUAUGGCCAUGUGACAUUGCAGCAGAGAUUUUCUACGAACCCAACACACAGUUGGGCUUACUUCUUCUUCUGCUUCAAACUCAGAAGCCGGUAACAUUCCAUAUAAAAUAGCAAUCAACGUAAGCUAACCCAUCUCUUGUUACGCUUGUUCAUUCUGGUUCUUCAUUGUUUUUCUUGGAAAGAUUUUGUCUUUCUUACAUUGUUCUCUGUUCUGGUUGUCAAAGACUAAUCUUGAUGUAUCCUUUUAUUUUGGGUUUCUGUAAGAGAGAGGUUUAGGCUUAGAACGAUGCCGUUGAAUAUAGUACAUGAUGGUAAUGGAUUUUCCCGAAUCAUACUCACGGAGCCAACUGGGUCUUCAGCAGAGGUGCUUCUGUAUGGUGGGCAGGUUGUUUCGUGGAAGAACGAAAGACGAGAAGAACUGCUCUUUAUGAGUAGCAAGGCUAUUUGGAAACCACCUAAAGCCAUCAGGGGAGGCAUACCUGUCUGCUUUCCACAGUUUGGAAAUCUUGGUUCACUGGAGCAGCAUGGAUUCGCAAGGAACAGAUUGUGGUCACUAGAUAAUGACCCCUCACCUUUGCCUCCAACUAACAAUCAGUCAUCAGUGGAUUUGAUCUUGAAGUCUGCUGAAGAGGAUCUGAAGACCUGGCCACGUAGCUUUGAGUUGCGGCUUCGUAUUUCUCUCAGUGCUGGCAAGCUCACUUUGAUUCCCCGCGUUAGAAAUAUGGAUAGCAAGGCGUUCUCCUUUACCUUUGCUCUGAGUAACUACUUGUCUGUAUCUGAUAUCAGUGAAGUGCGUGUUGAGGGCUUGGAGACACUUGAUUAUUUCGACAAUCUAGCGCGUAGAGAAAGGUUCACGGAGCAGGCAGAUGCUAUUACCUUUGAUGGCGAGGUCAACAGAGUGUAUUUGGACACCCCAACUAAGAUAGCCAUGAUAGACCAUGAGAAGAAGAGAACGUUUGUUCUGCGGAAGGAUGGCAUGCCAGAUGCAGUUGUCUGGAACCCUUGGGACAAAAAGACCAAGACUGUCCCUGAUUUGGGGGUUGAGGACUACAAAACCAUGUUAUGUGUAGAUUCUGCAGCCAUCGAAACCCCAAUUGUAUUGAAGCCUUUCGAAGAGUGGAAAGGCCGUCAAGAACUCUCUACUGUUUCAUCAAGCUAUUGCAGUGGGCAGUUGGAUCCUCGCAAGGUGCUUCAUGGCUUUCACUAACCAAUUAUGUGGAGUAAAUGGAGGUCUUAUUGUAAUUUAUGUAAGUUGCCUUAUUUCAUGGACCAGAAACAUCCUCUUGGUUUGUUCAUGUAUUAUCCUUGUUGAUGUACUUUAGGUUUUCUUGGAGCAAGACAGAACUAGCUGCAUGUAAAAUGUGAGAAUAUCAUUGCAGGGUAUCAUUGUCACAAAUUGGCAACAGGGAUUUUUUCCUUUAUGUUGCCGCUGGCGGUUAAAGAAUAUGUGAUUUGUAUUAAAA